AUGGAAUGCAGCGGCGACAGAUUCGCCGUGCCCUGGCUAGAUCAGGGCGAAUGGUCGCACGGCGUGUGGCUUGCGCACCGCAUUUUUGGCGUGUUGGCCAUAGCGGUGCUGCUCGUGUGGGCUUGCCUCUUCCUGGAGGCGCUGUCGCUGCGGCGCGCCUUCCUGCUCGCCGGAGGCGCGACCGGCGCCUGCGGGCUGUGGCUCAUUGGGUGGGUUGGAUGGCUGAUCAAGCCGUCGGUCACGUUCGCCGAAAAGUGCGACUUUGCGCUGCGUGACCUCGCCCAGCUGCAGCACCUCGCGAUGGGCCUGCUCCUGGCCGCGGCCGGCGCCGCCGAGGUCCGCUUCGCGCAGGCGCUGCUCACGCUCCCGCGCCGACGCGCCGACGCGCUGCUCUGGCCGCACCUUUCGUGGGGCCUCUGCGUCGGCUGGGUGGGACUCCUGUUCCUCGGCCACCCGCAGCUCGACGACGACGACGCGGCGCGCCACCUCAAGCUCGGGCUCGGCCUCCUCCUCGGCGCCUCUCUCCUCGCGCUGCAGAAGCGGCGAGGCCUCCUCGACGGCGAGAUGGCCCUCCUCGACCUGCCGAUGCUCGCCGCCGCCGCACUCGCCUUCGGAGUCGCCGCCUUGCAGCUGCUCACCUUCCCCGCCCCGCCCGUCGGAACAACCGCCAACAGCACCCUCCCGGAGCCGGCCGCCUCGCCGCUCGCUCGCCCCGGCCCGCCGCUCCCCCGCCACAUCGGCGCGACGAGCAGCUGCGGCUGGCUCGGGCGCAGGGCGGCCCUCUGCGGCGUCUGGCUCGGCGCGGCGUCGCUCGCUCUCUCGCUGUGCGUCGCCGCCCGCAAGGGCGUGGAUUGGUGGCGGAGAAGGCGGCGCGGACCGCUAUCAGGAAACCGCGGCACGGCGUGCGAGUCGGAGGGCAUACGCGCCGCGGCCGACGACUCGUUUUGCUCUUCGGCGGAGUCCAGCCCGAUGCGACCUCGCGGCGCGGUGUGCGAGAGCCGUCACAAGUGA